UCCACGUUGGAGCAGCCACAUUCAACAGGUUUCAGGAUGGAGUUCAGAGGAGUUUCUGUUCUGCUGGGCGUCCUGCUGCUCAUCCACUGCUCACAUCAGCAGACUGCAACGAGGAAGAAGCCGGUGAAGAAAGAUGCAUCGAGGGAUGCUGUCAUGGUGGAGCUGCAGACACAGAUCGAUGACAUCAUUCAGGAGCUCAACCUGCUGAAGGAACAACAAGCUCUACAAACAGUGUGUUUAAAAGGUGUAAAGAUCCAAGGAAAGUGUUUCUUGGCUGACCCUCUGAAGAAACGUUAUCACACUGCCAGUGAGGACUGCAACGCCUUGGGUGGCGUCCUCGGUACGCCCACCUCAAGUCAAGAGAACGACCAGCUCAGGGACUACAUCAAGCAAAGCGUUGGCCUGUAUGAGCAGGUCUGGCUUGGAGUCAACGACAUGACCACAGAGGGUCAGUGGAUGGAUCAAGCCGGCUUUAGCAUCGCAUAUAAAAACUGGGACACGUCCGACUUUGGAACUCCUGAGCCGGAUGGCGGCAAGUCCCAGAACUGUGCCGUCCUGUCAUCGUCCAACGGGAAAUGGCUUGAUGAGAACUGCCGUGAGGAGAAGCCUUCAGUCUGCCAGUUCAACAUAGUUUGAUCCCAUUUAUAUCAUCUUGCACUCUGAACUUUGUUACAGCUGCUUUAUGUGUGCACUCUCCCGCUGCUGCUUGCUAUUCUAAAGAGGGGUUUAAACCAGUGAUUUUCAGCUGCAUCCAGACCAAAAUGAGAUGUAGAGGUCACAGUUACAGUUACAUAACCAGGUUUUAUUUUUGACAAAAGUGAUGUGCUGGUAUGUCAUUUGCAGCAUUCCUUGCGGUUGCAAUAAAACCAGGAGGGACACUGUCCAAUCUAUAAUGAAAAAAACUUAACUAAAUGCAGUUCAUUUUCUGUGUUUAAAACACAACAUGAAAUCUAAUGCAGUUUAUUUAAUACUCGCUGACCAAAUUACCAGCGCUCCUAAGAAAAAGAAAAAGUGAAGGUGCUGGCACCUGAACAUAAAACAUUGGUUAAAUAUUGCAUUUUUCCUCAUAUAAAUACUGAAGCAGGUUUGUGUCUCAGGCUGAGAACAUCUGGUCUAAACUUUGCUGCGUUUAAAUAAAAAGACUCACAAGAAGCCAAGUAAAACUGCAGUUUUCUUUCAAAGCAAGUUAACUUUGCGUUACGCUAAUGUACGAAUCCUAUAUUCUUCUGUAAUGUCCUGUGUGAUGUAUCCUGUAAAGUUACUUUCAAUAAACUUUCAAUAUCAA